AUGGCGAGAGUCGGGGCGGGACAGGCGAUGCAAUUAGAACAUCUUGGUCACGAUCUUGAUCUCGACAUCACCAUCGUCGUCGUCCGCGGCAGCAUCACCUCCAUGGCGAAACGGGGCCGGCCCUCGCUCAACCUGACGCCGGAGGAGCGCAUCCAACGCCGCCGCCUGCAGCUCGUCGCCUCCCAGCGCAAGCGCAGGGCCCACAAACGCCUCGCCCUCCAGCUGAACAAGUCCAAUGUCAGGCCCGAGCCCGAGACGGAGCCCGGCGCGCUGCCCCCGAGGCCGGACGAGGCCCAGCUGUGCCAGUACUACGAUGCUGUUUUCCUAGGCCAGGAUGAGACCGCGACGCUCAGUAGCGGCAUUAACGCCCUCACGGCCAAUUCUAAGGCGACAACCAGGACGACACGAAGUACGACGAGAACCACAACGAAGACGUUGACAAGGACCGUAGCCAAUGUGACUCUGAGGAAGUCCUCGCCGGAUCUCCAGGCGCCGCUCGCAGCCUCCCAUCACCGUGGCUCGGCACCUCUAGACACAACUUCGGACACGAGCGUCGUCAACGCCCCCCUAGCUGCAGCCGUAGGCCCUCACUCUCGGGCAAGUCUUUCGCAGACUACCACGCCAAGAAUAGCUGCUUAUGCUGCCUUGAUCAGACCCGAGGGCCCGACGUCAUCAUCAAUACGGGCUGAUGACACGCCCGCCGAGUCUGGCAGAUCGAGCACCAAUCAGGCCGUCUUCAACUCGGAUCAUGUUGCAUAUAGUAAUGUGCUCUACUCUUUGGUUCCUCAUGGAUUCGACCUGGACAGUGACGAUUUGUUGGGACACUCAGCCACAAGCUCGAAUCGAAAGCCGACUGUCAAAGAGUCCGACAACGUCUUUCUGCCUGGCCGGUUCAGCACAGCGGUGAACGAGUGGAUUCCGACAAACUCAAACGAGCCGCCGUACAGCCAUAGAUUCAUCAAGCCCUACCAUCGUCGGCCAUCUUACCCGCCUUCACAAGACAGCGGCCCGGCGUCAUCAUCAGUUGAGGCUGCAGAUCUCUCGGCGCCAUGGGCGGGAGCUAAGCAAGCAAUCCCGAUGGGCUUUUGUUGA